AUGGCGGCUUGUUUUUGCUGUUUCGGUCGCUGGAGCUCUUUAUUAAACGGCCCUGGCUUCAAUUCUGGACAUGUUCCCCUCAAAGAGCUUCCAACAGUGCAACUAGACACAGAGCAUAUGGGUCAGGACGCUGUCAUAGUAAAGAAUGGAAGAAGGAUAUGUGGAACAGGAGCAACUCUAGCUAAUGCCCCUAUUGUGCAAGACAAGGCCUACUUUGAAGUUAAAAUACAGUCUACAGGAAUCUGGGGUCUAGGAUUAGGGACAAGAAAAGUGAAUGUCAAUGAAAUACCACUUGGUUCCAACUCAGAAAGCUGGGUACUUAGACACAAUGGUUCAAUAGCACACAAUAACGAACAAAAAGCAAAACUUCCAGAACACCCCUCGGAAGGUGACAUAAUAGGUGUCGCUUUUAAUCAUAUAGAGAUGAACUUCUACAUGAAUGGCAAACCCCUGAAUACACCUAUCACUGGGGUUAAAGGAACUGUAUAUCCAAUAGUUUAUGUGGACGAAGGUGCAAUAUUAGAUGUGUUUUUCGACAAUUUCUACCACUCACCACCUGAUGGAUACACUGAAAUUUUAGUGGAGCAGUCAUUAUUAUAG